AUCAGAUUCCCACAAGUGGACGUUCAAGGUCCUGCUGCCGGCAAGAAGCCCUCAGUCCUCAGACUGGGGAUAAAAUAUUCAGUUUGACGGCUGGGAAGGUGACGUCCGCCUCCUUGCUCCCAGCCUUUUAUAAAGAGGAGCCUGCAGGCUGGCAGCAGAGGCCCAUCCCGGCUGCACCGGCUGAGCACCCGGAGUGGGAGGCAACCUCCAGAGGGGCAGACGCAGGGUCGCCACCUCCAAUUAGGAACGGCCAGCUGACAGGUGGACUGGAGCUUCGUCAGCUGGUGGAGGGCCUGCCUGGGGGAGAUGAAGGCCUGCUUGGUGCGAGGGCUGGUCCUCUGCGUCCUGCUGGGACCUCUGGUGGGAGCCAAGCCAGUGCAGGAGGAGGAGGAGGGAGACCCCUAUGUAGAGCUGCCUGCCAUGCCCUACUGGCCUUUCUCCACCUCUGACUUCUGGAACUACGUGCAGUACUUCCAGACCCUGGGGGCCUACCCCCAACUUGAGGAUAUGGCCCGCACCUUCUUCGCUCACUUCCCCCUGGGGACCACGCUGGGCUUCCAUGUCCCCUACCAGCAGGACUGAGCACCAGCCUGGAUCCCUAGCCUCAUGCUCAAUAAAUUCCUGACUUAAGACGCA